AUGUCAUCGCAACGCUCCGGAGAGCAAUCGACUGCUUCACCGUGGGCAUACACUCUCUAUCCAGCAGACGCACCCGAGUUCUAUAUCUACGACAACCACCGCAAGAACCUCGAAGGAAACCAAGAGUUCACCAUUACCGUCAAGCGCCGUAGCGAGUUUUUCGGCGAGGCCGACUACGUGAAGAUCUAUCUUCUGGAGUGGGACCAAGAGGGUUCAAGAGGUUUCGUUCAUUGCGAACAGACGAGACUCGCGGGCACCAAGAAGAAGCGCUGGAACAGCCGCCGCUCCAUUACAUUCGAUGACCUCGCGAUGGUCUCUGCUGGCCUUUUCCGAAUCGAAGUAGAGAUCUGGAAGUACUGUGGAGGUCAACGACAUGACAUCCGCCUCGAUACCCUGAUCAGCAACGAUAUCGAGUUCCCCGAGAUUGUGGUUGAAUAA